AUGGCCUCGAAAAUCAUUCCCACGAAGCCCAUCGGCUAUGGGUGGCGAUCCUCGCGCCUGUUCAUCUUGGCAGUCAUUUCCCUCGCCAUGUUCGCUGACACCUUCCUCUUCAGCUUCAUCAUCCCCAUCCUGCCCGACAUCCUACAAGACCGACUUCAACAAUCUUCCUCGCACACGCAGCUCCUCACCUCCAUCCUUUUGUCCCUGAACGCGCUGAUCUCGAUCCUCAUCGCGCCGUUCACCGGCCAUUUAGCGGAUGGCUCCAGGUCGAAGAACCAGUGGAUGGUGAUCUCAUGGGUGACCAACGCGAUCGGCACAGCCAUCACAGCAUGGAGUACUACCGUGUCUGUUCUCUUCAUUGGUCGAAUCAUCCAAACCCUGGCCGGGUCGGUGAUCUGGAUCGUCGGCAUGGCCAUUCUUGGGGAUACAGUGGGAGCGAAACAUCUGGCUAAAGCCCUGGGUUUGGCCAUGCUCUUCGUGUCGGCGGGGCUCCUCAGUGGACCGGCUGUGUCGGGGUCUCUCUACCAGUUCGUGUCCUACGUUAUGACAUGGGGGAGUGCAUUCGCCGUGAUACUCGUCGGAACUCUCCUGCAACUCCUCAUAGUCGGUCCUUUCAACAACGAUAUGUGCAUUGAGGAGUCUCCCACAGAAGAAGAAUCACAGAUCCGAAGCCCGUUGCUCUCCUCCGUAUCCCACCCGGAGAGCACGCAUUACUCAACAAUCGCAGAAUCCACCUCUCUCCCCACCCAGAAUGUCUACACCCUCAUGCUACGCAAGAGAAGGGUAGCUACAGCACUAAUAGCGGACACCCUCUUCGCGAUCAUCAUUGCCAGCUUCGAGACGACGAUCCCCAUUCACAUCAAGGCCGUCUUCCACUGGGAGUCUCUCCAAGCAGGGCUAUUGUUCCUGCUCCUGCAGGCCCCAUCGAUGAUCCUCGUCAUCCCAGCUGGGUGGCUGAAAGACCGGAUUGGGAUGCGAUUCCCCGUGACGAUCGGGUUCCUGUGUCUAGCCCCGUCGCUGUGGUUACUCGGGGUUCCGGGACGCGCACAAGACGUUUGGUGGACGGACAACGAGGAUAUGAACCGGGUAAUCUACAUCGUUACACUACUAGCGAUCGGGGUCUGGCGGACUUUGUUGCUGGGGUUCGGGGCUGUCGAGGUUCUACACGGCGCCAACGAGCUUUCGCACGAGUAUCCAGGCAUCUUCGGGCCGCACGGCGGGUACUCGCGGUCGUUCUCCAUGUCCAACAUCAGCUGGAAGCUGGGGAUGUUUGUGGGGCCCUUGGUCUCGGGGACCUUGACGGAGAAGAUGGGAUAUUACCAGAUGAAUGUGGUUCUAGCAAUGACCGAACCCCAAGUAAUAGCCCUAGCAGGCGGCAGCGGCGACCUGGGCCACUACCUCCAGGCAGAGCUCCUCGAAGAUCCCCGUUACAGCGUCGUGAUUCUUACUCGGCAGACCAACCCUUCCACCCCAGCCACUGAAAGAGUGACCACCCAAACCACAGACUACACCCUUCCCUCCCUCCUACACAUCCUCCGCACCACCCGCACCACGGCCCUAAUCUCCCUCCUCCGCUGCCCAGAUGACCAAUACCUCCCCCUCCACACCACCCUGUUAGAAGCUUCUCAGCAGACUGAAACCUGCACCCGCUUCAUCCCAUCCGAAUGGGCAGGGGACAUCGAAUCUUUCCCGACCCUGCCGCGAGCAUACGGUCGGACUCGUCUUCCGUUCCGGCAGACUCUUGCCCAGCAAGCAGAUUCCCGGAAAUCCGAAGCCCCAUCCCACCCCGUGAAGAAAGUAGAGUACACAUUGCUGAAUCACGGCUGGUGUAUGGAGUACUUCCUCCCGGCCCACAAGUCCUAUCGCAGGUGUAUGCCGGGGGAGUUUCCGAUCGAUCUUACACGAUGGAAGUACACCGUCCGCGGGACGGGAGAGGAGGCGCAGAGCUGGACGUGCCGACCCUUCGAGAGAAACUACCGAUCGGAGGAGGAAAUUGGAACCACGAUCCAGCAGUACGAGGACCAGCCGGAGAGUCUGGAGCUGGCCAUCGCCGAGGCGGAGGAAUGGACGAUCAGCGGUGCUACUGCCUGUCCUCAGGAGAAGACGCUGCGACAGCGAGAGAAGUUCUUUGCCGGUAUGCAUUUCACUACCGUGGAGGAGCUGCUGUGGAAGGCAAAGGUGGAAGAGCGGGUGUAA